AUGGCCCGGAAAAGCAGGAACAUUGUGUCCCCAAGAAGAGUUGACUUGAAUUUCGCGGUAAAGGCUGAAGGCCUAAAUGCCACUGUGUUGUUUGGCCACCGGGGGCUUCCCCUCAAAUUGGAAUUUGGGCUGGAAGGUGGGGAGCACCAGCACAUCCUCAGGGGUUUCAAACAGCCUGGAAGUCUUGGGGACAGAUGGCCGCUACAGCUGGAGCAGCACCCUGAGCCUCUCCGCAGACCAGUGGAAGAAGGCGGGCUCAGUGAGCUAUGCUUGAUCAGAGUGCAGGAGGUUUUUGUACGGCCACUUAGUGAGUUUGUAUCACUGUGGUGGACUUUUGGUGGAGGAACCAAACUCAUCAUUCACUCUGGACCCAUGGUCAGACCCUCAGUCUCUCUGCUCCAACCCUCCUCUGAGAAGCUCUCUGGAGGCCCAGUCACACUGGCCUGCCUGCUGAUCGGCUACUCUCCUCAGGGAGCUGAAGUGAGAUGGGAAGUAGAUGGCACAGAGGUGACAGAGGGGGUCCUGAACAGCUUAGAAGAAGAGAAGAGUAGUCGCUACAGCAGCAGCAGCACCCUGAUGCUGAGCCAAGAGAACUGGAUGAACGCAGAGGUGUUCUCCUGCAGGGUGAACCAUCAUGACUACUGGCAGUCCAAGUCCUUCCGCAAGAACCGGUGUGAGGGCUAGAGGGGCUGCUGAAGUUCAGGACAGGAGCUUAGUGUGGGGGAGCAGGAGAUACAUCCCUGCUGUUCUGAUCAAUAUGAGUUUGAAAGUUUGUAGAUGAAGUUAUUUGAUAACAGUAACUUACACAGUGACAUGUGUAGCAGCUGGAUGUGAGUGUGCCUAAUAACUGCCAUAUUAAUGAUUCAUACUUUUGCCAUUAAAGCUUGCAGUGAUCCA